CUACUCUAUUGCUCAGGGCAUAAGUAUAGACCAUGUUGUAAAAUAUUGGCUCAUUAUAAUAGCUAAUGCACAAAAAUCAACAAUGGACAAAGACUGUACACAUGUGAUGCAAGUGAUGCACUUGAAUAGCUUUAUUCAUUAUGCACAAAACAAACUGAUUAAUUAUCUUCUUUAUUAGGCAUUGUGACUGCAACCUGUCAUUCAAAUUUUUGAUCCAUAUAAGCUUCCGGGGGGUAUUGGACUAUCCUUCCUGCCGAACGUACAAUGGCAUCCCUAAAGCUUACACCCAACUUGAUUCGUCCUCAUGUGUGGGCAAGAUCGCUUCAACAGCAGCCUUUUAUUGCACCCAGAAUCGCUCUUUCUCAGGUUCCUAAAACCACCUUUUUAGGCAUUCGCGCCUACUCUUCAAAACAGACCGAAAUACAUACAGCCAUACGUGAUCUCGGUGUUAUUGCUAAUUAUAUUCCUCCUGAAACUUCACCUUCAAUUACUGACUUUGCAAACUGGCGUUUAACGAAAUGGAGAAACUUGAAAAACAGUGUACAAAACUUGUUAAGCGUUGGUCUUAUCAAACGUAAAUCUUUGUAUGAUAAUUGGAACUCUUCAAGAUUCCUUGCUGAAGCUUUGGAAACUUAUAAAGAUAUGAAUGAUGCAUUUGCAAGAGGUGAUCGUGAAGUACUGGAAGAAGUCUGUUUGGAUUCCAUGUUCUCCAACUUGAAAAACCAAAUAAAAGGUCGCAGUAACGUACGUUGGGAAUGGAAAUAUCAUGGUGAAGUAGAGGCACCCAAGAUUGUUUGUAUUCGUUGCAUUAGUCCAACAGGCUUUAGUAAACAUGGUUUUGCUAUUGGACAAGUCACAGUCAAAAUGUUUACUAAACAGUCAAUGGCAGUCUAUGACAAGAAGAACAAGUUAGUUGGCGGAGAUCCUAACAAGAUUCACAACAUAUUAGAAUACAUUGUAUUCCAAAAGACCAUUUCAAAUCCUGAAGAUAUUUGGAGAGUCUAUGGAAAAGUAGCAUCACCUGAUAAAUUAAUAAAACAAUAGAUGUAUAGUUUCUUAGUAGUAGCACUUGAUAAUUUGUUUCUUCAUUCUAUAUUACUCUUGUAGUUUGUUUUAUUUCAUUU